AUGGGUCUCAAACGGCAUGCGUACGAGACGCAGACCAACUUCCUACCAGCAUGUCUCCUCGUCGCCUUUUGCCUCUUCGGCGUCUGGCUGUUCGCCAAGUCAGGACAUCCGCCACCAACGGCCACUGAAGUGAUUAUUGAAACCUCUCGCGUGGGAACCGACGGGCAGGUUGUCGUCGUGGAGGACAGCGUCGACAUCACCGAGACCCCCGACUCCGAUGUUGGGGGACCAAAAGCCGUCUUCUUGCAGCCGGAUUCAUCCGCUGGGGAUGUAGAAAGCUUCCAAUCUGCGGAAUCCGCAUCGAUAGGUGGCCUAUCCAAAUCGCCCAAGGACUCUGAUUCCACGGAGGAGGAGCCGGAUUUGGCGUUUGAGUACUCGCUGUGCGCCGACAAGGGCGUCGACUUCAUCCCGUGCCUCGACAACGAGAAGGCCAUCGCGGCGCUCAAGUCGCGGUCGCACUACGAGCACCGCGAGCGCCACUGCCCCACGGGCGACGACACCUUGCAGUGCCUGCUGCCUCUGCCCAGCGGCUACAAGCCCCACAUCAACUGGCCCGAGUCCCGUGAUCAGAUCUGGUACGACAACGUGCCGCACCCGAAGCUGGCGUCGUACAAGGCGGACCAGAACUGGGUGAAGCCCGAGGGCGACAAGUUCAUCUUCCCGGGCGGCGGCACGCAGUUCAAGUACGGCGCCACCAAGUACAUCGAGUGGCUGCAGGAGGCCGUGCCCUUCCUCAGCUGGGAAGCGCAAGCACAUCCGCACGGCGCUCGACAUGGGGUGCGGCGUCGCGAGCUUCGCGGCGUACCUGGAGCCGUUCAGCACGCGCGUGAUGUCCGUGGCGCCCAAGGACGAGCACGACGCGCAGAUCCAGUUCGCGCUCGAGCGCGGCGUGUCGGCCAUGAUUGGUGUGAUGGGCACGCAGCGCCAGCCGUACCCGUCGAACGUGUUCGACAUCGUGCACUGCGCGCGCUGCCGCGUGCCGUGGCACCGCGAGGGCGGCAAGCUGCUGCUGGAGCUCAACCGCCUCAUCCGCCCCGGCGGCUACUUCGUGUGGUCCGCCACGCCCGUGUGCCCCAAGUGCAAGGCCAAGGAGCCCGACGACAAGGAGAUCUGGGAGGCGAUGUCGGAGCUGACGGCGAACAUGUGCUGGCGCAAGGCGGCGAAGGAGAUCAACAUGGCGUUCGGCGUGGGCGUGAUGGUGUGGCAGAAGCCCACCGACAACGACUGCUACGACAGCCGCGCCGAGGGCACCCAGCCGCCUAUGUGCCCCGAGGAGGACAACGCCGACGCCGCGUGGUAUGUGCCGAUCCAAGCGUGCAUGCACCGCGUCCCCACAAAGGAAAAGACACGUGGCGUCGGGUGGCCAGUGGAGGGCAAGGACCGUUUGAGCGUGGUGCCGGCGUGGCUGGAGGGCGUGCAGAAGGGCAUCUACGGGCGGCGCGCGGCGGUCGAGUUCGACGCGGACAAGGCGCACUGGCUGCGCGCGUACCGCACGUACCUCACGGAGAUGGAGAUCGAGUGGGCCUCCGUGCGCAACGUGAUGGACAUGGACGCGCACUACGGCGGGUUCGGCGCGGCGCUGGAAGCAUCAGCAAAGCCCGUGUGGACGAUGAACGUGGUGCCGGUGACGAGCCCCGACACGCUGCCCAUCAUCUUCGACCGCGGGCUGCUGGGCGUGUACCACGACUGGUGCGAGUCGUUCAACACCUACCCGCGCACCUACGACAUGCUGCACGCCGACCGCCUCCUCGGCGCCUUCGCCACCAGCUCCAA